AUGGAGAUAUGGACAAAGACCACUUUUCUUUUCCUUCUCACUUUCGCGCCCGCGGUUCAUCUGCUCGGGGACGGCGACGACGGAUGGACGGUAAAGAGGAAGGAUGGAGGCGGCAGUGCGAGGCGACGCGAUGAGGACGGGAUCUGGGCAGCGGCGAGGAAGGGAUCUAGACGGGUGCGACGCGAUGAGGAAGGAUCUGCAUGGCGGUGA